AUGAAGUGGCGGUCGCGGCCGACUGGAGUCCAAAGCUUGCCGGCGAGCCCGACUGGAACAGACGCACCACGCCCUGCAUUUGGCGACCGGCGAUGGUCGCGAUUGACCAGAUUCCAGAGCCCCUCAAGGCGGCGGCGGAGAGCCACUCACAGCAUCGUCUCACCCAAUCUCCGAUUUCUGAUUUGCGCGGGGCAACCACAAGCGGAGAAGACGAGGCGGUGUUCCGGCAGGGUCCAGCGACGGGAUCGACGUUAUAGUGUAAGUUCGGCAGCAACGGGAAUGCUAAUGAAGAAGUCCGAUUGCGGCGGCGGAAAGUCUGAUGAGGAAGUCUGUCGGUGA